AUGAUUUUUUCUGCAACCUUGGGUGGAGUGGUGUUGGCCAUACUUGGAAAUGUUGAGCAGGUCUCAGCUAUCAACGCCACCGCCGCCGGACCGGUGUACGUCCCGGGUGGAUUGGAUUGUAAGGAUAUCACAAGAGAUCAAAUGGUGACGAUGGCACCAUUCGAAGAGUCUGUGACAAUGGAUGAUCUAGCAGCUGCUAUGUGUUCCAUAGUACACAAGAAUCAAGGAUGGAUCACGACGAAUGUGUAUACGCCUGGCGGGAAACCCGAUACCCAGUUGAUGACUGGGUUCGUACUGGCUCAACCGGAAUCGCUCCAGCCUCAAUGGACCAAUGUCACUCUUCCCGCUAGUGAUCCUGAAGGUGUGGUAGGUGUACCAGGGACCAAUUGGUGGCCGUAUGGUUACAAAGUCUCAUACUACAAUCUAUGGACAUUCAAAGGUCAAGCCAGCGGCUGCGACAAUGCGUUAGAAGCCGUCACCGGUUUGGACGCCACUACGGAGUAUCCGGAUUUGACUAGUGAUACGGACAAGGCUGAGCUCUUAAACAUGUUGAGACAACAUGUGGAUAGCUCACCUAUCUUGUUAGGAAUGAGUGCAAGUAAUAAGCUUCUAGGAAAUUCGGAAUGUGUGGCCGCGCUUACUACCGGAUGGGAUGGGAAGACAUUGAAAUACAAGAAGCAGAGAAAAUACCAAAGUACCGAAACUAACCUCAGUGUGACGGUAUAUGACAACUACAACACGGCCAGAACUUUCAACUUGGAUGAUAUUUGGACAAACCUAGAAUCAUGGACACAUCUCACCAAUUGGGACGUCUUUGGAGGUGCUCCUAUCGGCAAUAUCACUUUUCCUCCGAUGCCCGCUCCUCCCGCUCCACCUCCAGCUACGUCAGAGUCUCCCAGUAUCACACCAACAACCACGACCACGAGUACGAGCGUCGUGGCUACCACCACCACCACCACUACUACUACUACCACGCAUGGAGGAGGGGGAGGGGGAGGAGGAGGAGGAUGUAAGAGGGAUAUAUGGGGUCGGGUCAGGUGUUAA